AUCUUAACAGACCCAAUAGUGUUUUUGAUUUUGUCCACUAUAUAAACCCCCAAUUUUUCAUAUCACGAUUAGGGUUUUGUGCUGUUGCUGCUGCUCAUCCUCCGCUACCUCCGAGCUCUGCACCGAAGAACGAAGCCAUGGGGAAGACACGUGGAAUGGGAGCUGCUCGCAAGCUCAAGUCCCACCGCAGGAGGCAAAGGUGGGCUGACAAAGCAUACAAGAAAUCCCAUCUUGGGAAUGAGUGGAAGAAACCUUUUGCCGGUUCUUCCCACGCAAAGGGAAUUGUCCUUGAAAAGAUAGGUAUUGAGGCUAAGCAGCCCAACUCUGCUAUCCGUAAGUGUGCUAGGGUUCAACUUAUCAAGAAUGGGAAGAAGAUUGCUGCUUUUGUCCCAAAUGAUGGUUGCUUGAACUACAUUGAAGAGAACGACGAAGUGUUGAUAGCUGGAUUUGGACGUAAAGGUCAUGCUGUGGGUGAUAUUCCUGGUGUCAGAUUUAAGGUUGUGAAGGUCUCUGGUGUCUCACUUCUUGCUCUUUUCAAGGAGAAGAAGGAGAAGCCAAGGUCCUAAAUUUGUGGAAUGCCUUUUCUGUUUGUUUCCAGUAGUUUCUGUCGAGUAUUAUGAAUUUUGUGUUGAGGUGAAUGGGUUUUGUGGACAAUUUUGUAUCUUUUCUAGUUAUUUUACUGAACUACAUUAUUUAACAUUUUUAGUAACAUAUUCUAGCUUGCCUUCUCCGUUCUCU